AUGUGGGCGUAUAAGAACGAAGACCCUGUCACCGUGCACCACUUUCUUGGCAUGACGUAUGACAAGCUGUGGAGGGUGCUAUUCAAACUGCAAGAAGAGGGCUGGCCGACAGAAGAGGAAGAAGACAUCGGCCUUGACCCCGAGCACCCUCCUAAGAAGGGCUGGGUCGAGAAGGCCAAGAAGAUCAAUAGCUCGGCCCCGCUGCCCGAGGACCCCAGGUCAGCUGAGCUAGAAGAGAUGCUGGCCGUGGCGCCUUAUAUGGCGCCAGAGAAGGAGAAGAAAAAGAAGAAUCCCAAGAGGGAGGCCAGAGAGGGCCUUCGCCCACGAGUCCUCCUGGACACUAAGUCUGGGGACACCCACGCCCCGUCCACACACGAGGGGGAGCAAGAAGAGGAAGAAGAAGAGGAGGAGAGCGACUCAUCCCGCACCAAGAAGAGAGCGGCGUCAGCCGAAGCCGAGGGAAAUCAUCCUUCUCUUGCUCCGAAGAAGAGGAGCAGGGGCAAACUGGUCCUGCCUGAUGAUAGCUCCGACUCUGAUGAGUCCGCAGCCUCCGAGAAGGUCCCGGAGAAGGCCUCAGCGUUAGCGGCGGCAGCCAAUGCCACUGAACUGGCUGAGUUGAAUCGAAAGCUCAAGAGCUCCGAUCAGGAGCUCGACCUCGUCAACAAGCGAUUUGACGAAGCGCAAGCUGCCGUCGCUGAGGUAGAGAGCCUCAAGGCCGAGCUACUACAGGCCAAGAAGGAAGCGGCCGAACAAAAAGCGGCGGCCGAACAGGCGGCCGCCGAACUCACCUUGGUGAAAACCGAGCACGAGAAUCAUGAGGCUAGGGUGGCCGAAGUACAGCAGGAGCUCAAGGAUGCCAUCACAAAAUGUGAGGAACUUGAGCAGAAAAAUAAAUAUCAUGCCAUCGAGCUGGCAAACAUGAAGACGAAGAUCCCCAGGAGGCGCGGUCGGAGACGCGAUGCGUCUGGGAGGAGCUCCGACAAGUAA